CUGGUAUAUGGGUAAUUUCAUGGCCAGGAUAAGCUGUGAGCAGAUCGCUCGCCCAAGUGGAAAAAUUAGCUGCUGCCAGAUCUCGAUCACUGAAUCACAUUGUAUUUGAUACAAAACUAACUAGACUAAACCAAACAGAUGCUGACGUAAAUCUUCACCUCCAUCCUCCCCACCACCACCAGGAUGGUCCCUGUCCAUACCUCCCAGGGGGGGUCGGCUAUGCCCCUGCCUUCAUCUUCAGGCAGGAAAUGCAGAGUCCGCAACCCUUUAGGAUCUGAGCUACGGACGGGGCCUACGCCAAAGAACUUUAUCUUACAAUAUUUUGCUUGCUGAUUGUUAAUAAAUAUGGUUGUCACGUUAUCUUACCUCCCCGAGUCUUUCUGGUAGAACUGUAAUUUUUUAAAGUUACUUAACUGCUUCAUUUCCUGUCAGGUAAAUUAUCGCACUGGCAGUUUUAAGUGAGGUCACAUAACUGAGGUAAAUUUACACUGCUCACAGUGUUCACCAGUGAUCACCAACUUCCCUAUAAGUUAAUAAAGUUCUAACAUUGGUUAACUUUAUUAUUAGUUGAAGAAAGUUAAUAUUGAACUUUUAGGUACAUAGGUGCCCCAAAAUUAAAACUUGAACCAGAGGAAAUUAUAAUAGUACUGGCUCAUCUUAAGUUUACAAUAAAAUAUGGCAAGCCAAUAUGUCAUUACGUCUUAAUUAUAGUUAAAUAUUACAAAUAAAUAAAUAAAAAACCAUUAGUGAUUUGUUUAAAAAGCCUUUUAGAUAUGCAGUAAUUGGUGAAAUUGUACACAAUCACAAAAGAGAACAUACAUUUUCACUUUCUGACAUGUCAUAUAACACAUGAGCAGCUUUCAUGUGCCUUUUAGGAUUCUGGACAGAUGACACACCUGAAGACAAUCAGGAUAAUGAAGAGCCUGUAGAAUAAAGGAGCAUCUCCAAAUUUGCACCUCAACUGUCUGACUUUGUUGAUCCUUCGCUCAGCAGUAUGGAUCAUAAUCUGACCAUUGUGUUAUUUGGAAACUCUGCGGCAGUCCAGUUGCAACAUGACAAUAUUUUACUUGGAGAAAUACAAGCAGAUAUUGAAAAUGGUGAAAUAUCCAGGACCGUUCCUUUGCAGAUGAAGAUAUCAGGACGAUGUGUCUCAGUGAUCAACAUGAUCGGCUUACAUGAGACUGCGAUUGAUCUAGAUCCACUCAGUGGUCUACUAAUGAAUGAAAAAGAAAUCAUCUCCUUCGUCUUCGUUGUGCGACUGGGUCAGUUAACAGAUGCUGAUAAGAUGGGUAUUGAGUGGCUUCAGAGAGUAUUUGGUGACAGAGUUCUUCCGUUUGUGAUUAUUCUCUUCACCUAUGAGAAUGAGGAAGAGUCUGACUCUAUAAUAGAUGAUCUGAAGAAAAACUAUGCUCUGGAGCAGCUGCUGAAGAAAUGUGGUGGAAGAUAUCAUACUUGCAGCAAAACCAUGAAUAUCCAGUCAGAGAUGAGAGACCUGAUGAACAGGAUUGAGCAUCUGUUUAUUGAAAAUAACCAGCAGUGCUACACUAGUGAGAUCUACAAGACUGCAUUAAGAGAGAGAGAAGACGUGCAAGAUAGGACAUGUCAAAAUGAUCAAACCACAAUUAUUGAAAAGAGCAUGGACUACACCUCAUCAACCGAGACAAGAGAGAGACGUGGGGGAGAGAAGCAAUCAAUAGAUGGUGCAAGAUUGGAUCGAAAAGGAAACAGAAGGGGGGAUAAAGCAGAGCAUCUAUUUCACAGGCUUUGCCUUGAUAAAAGGCACCUCUUUAAACUAAAAGCUGAAGAUGUUCUUCAACUAACUAAACAUUCAUUAGAGUCUCAUGAGUCUUGUGCUGAGGAGGACCUGAUUCAGACUUUCCUACAAAAACUACUGAUGAUGAACUACAGAGCAAGAUACAUUAAAACUAUAGAUACGCAGCAUGAUAGACAACAAAUAAACAAUGACUUAUUUGAAGACAAUGGUAAUCCCGAUAUUUUCAGAGAAAUAUCUUUGUUUCCUGAAGAAGCAAACAGAAGAGUCGCUAUUCACCCGAUGGAUGUUCAAAUGGCCUUGUUUCAUUGUGCUGAUAGUUUCCUAAAGCAGCUCAUUGUGACUAAACUGUCUCAGUGUCAGUACGCUCUGCCUCUGCUUGUUCCUGAUCCAUUCACACAAGAGAUUGAGUUUCCUCUCUGGACAUUCAGACAAAUCAACAAAAGCUGGAAGAUGAAGAAUGCCAAUGAUGAAAUCAUCAGUAAAAUCCAGCCAAUCUGGAAGGCAGAAACUCAUAUUGUGUCCUUUUUCAGGUUUGGCUCAUUGACCUCCAAAUCUCAGCUGAUUAACAAUCUAAUCAAUGAGAAACACAACACGUUCUUCCACAGGAACUGCCCUGGCAGCAGCAAAACCAGAGUACUGAUGGAUGGUGUGGUGGAGAUCGCCUGGUACUGCCCCUCUGGGAAAAAGACAGAUAAAUUUACUCAGUGUGUUGCGUUCUGUAACCUCCACGGUGAUGCAGGAGCCAAUGAGAAACAGCUGCAGAUCCUCACUGAAAUGUCUUCAGUUAAUGUUGUUAUUCUACCACGACUUGACCAGAAUGAUGAGAAUGCGACAAAAAUCCAAGACCUGUACAGGGGCAGAAAGCCACUCAUUUUUCUUUUUACUGAGGAUGAAUACAGAGCAACUGAGAUGAGGACAGGGAAAUACAAAAUUGGACUAAAAAACAGGAAUCAGUCAGAUGUAUCUGAGGAACUCAUAAAAGCUAUAAAUGAAUGUCUCUCAUCCUCGUCGUCAGAAUCAUCUUCUAUUUUUAGACUUGAAAAUGUGUCCAAAUACUCAGAUAUUAGAGUAGAUGAGGAACAUGACAAUGACUGCAGAAAAGGAAAACAAGCAGCCCAACAGUUGAUGGGUUUACUGGAGGAAAAAGAAUUGACAAAAAUCAAAGAAGCAUUUCUACCCUGUCAGGGGGAACUGUGGCAUCAAUGGUGUGAAAAGAACAAAGAACUACAUCGAUCUCAGGGAAAUGAAGUAGACAUGGAGCUAAACCAGAAACAAGAUAUGAAGAUAAUCCGUGCACAGCAACAUGUGUUGGAUAUUGGUAGUUUCAUGAAGUUGUUUAUUACAGAAAUGAAUUCACAAUCUUCAAAUGAGAAGAUAUUUUUUUUGAAAUGGCUUGCAAUCCUCCUGGAUGAAUAUACCUCAGCCGACCUUUCUGCUCUUCAUUACAAGUAUAAUGAAAAAUGGUCAAAAUGCAGAGACCAACACAUGACCAAUGACCAUGCAGAACUUGAUAGGAUAUCAAAAGAACUUCAAGCUGCAACCUUUGGCUUGGAGCACAUCCUGAGGGAGAUCGGUCAGAUCUAUGAAUCAUGUAAAUCAGUGAACAGUAACAAGGAAGGACUGCCGUGUAAUUUUUCUUCUCUCCCAAGUCUUGCUGCAGACAUGAUGAUCUCUGGAUUUCCCCUGGAGCUGAUGGAUGGAGAUGCUGCUCAUGUUCCUGUGGUCUGGGUUACUGCUGUUCUACAUGAACUCAUCAAGAAAGUGGGAGACCAGAGAGUCUUUGUGCUGUCAGUUCUAGGGAUUCAGAGCUCUGGGAAAUCCACUAUGCUGAACGCUAUGUUUGGACUGCAGUUUGCCGUCAGUGCUGGCAGGUGCACCAGGGGAGCUUUCAUGCAGCUGGUCAGAGUGUCAGAGAAGAUGAAAGAACAGCUGAAGUUUGACUAUAUUCUGGUUGUUGAUACUGAGGGGCUUCGUGCUCUGGAACUGUCUGGAAGGUCAACAAGGCAUCAGGACAAUGAAAUGGCCACAUUUGUUGUUGGUCUUGGCAAUCUGACAUUGAUCAAUAUCUUUGGAGAAAGCCCAUCUGAGCUGCAGGACAUUCUUCAAAUUGUUGUUCAGGCUUUCAUGAGGAUGAAGAAGGUCAGACUGAAUCCCAGCUGCAUGUUUGUGCAUCAGAACGUUUCAGAAGUCACAGCUGGAGAGAAAAACAUGGAGGGAAGGAGGCGACUACAGGAGACGCUAGAUAACAUGACAAAACUCGCUGCUAAAGACGAAGUCUAUGUAGCAGAAUGUUUCAAUGAUGUCAUUACUUUUGAUAUACAGAAAGAUGUGAAGUAUUUUGCACAGCUCUGGGAGGGCAGCCCACCCAUGGCACCACCAAACCCAUCAUAAUGUGAAAACAUUCAAGAGCUAAAGACAAUGUUUUUUAGCCAUGCCUCAAAAUCAGAUGGCUUAGAACUGACACAACUGAAAAGUCGCAUUAAGGAUCUCUGGGAGGCUUUACUGAAUGAACGAUUUGUGUUCAGCUUCAGAAAUGCUCUGGAAAUCGCAGCAUACAGAAAACUGGAGACAGAAUACACCAAGUGGUCCUGGAGUCUUCGCAGCGCCAUGCUGGAAAUUGAGAAUAAACUACACAACAACAUAGGAAAUGAAACAAUUAAUGAGGUUUCAGAAAGUGAUCUUCAAGGAAAACUACAAGUAAAAAGUGAAGAAGUAGAAAAAUCUAUGUCAAAAUUCUUUGACAAAGACAAAGAUAAAGAUAUAUUGAUACAGUGGAAAGCAUCGUUUCAUAUCAAAAUCAAUGAGCUUCAGGAAAACAUUGUGAGAGAAACAACAAGGAAAUUAAAUGAGAUUCUUCAGCAGCGAGAUAUGAAGAAAAAGAUUGAUGCUGAGAGGACACGUCAUGAAAAUACUCUCUUUGAAAAGAGCAAAGAACUUGCAAUAAAACUCAAAGACAAAGCCAAUGAUGAAACAAUCCUGAAAACAGAGUUUGAUUCCUUUUGGAAAGACUGUGUUAAGAACAUUACCAGAGAAACUCCUAAAAUUAAAAACAUUAAUGUAUUAAACGACAUGAAGCAACACCUCAGCAACUACAAAAGUGUCCCUGUAAACGCCUGGAAGAAGAGCAGGGAUAUUUUCUCUGUGCGCCAUUAUUCAGAUUAUGUACAGUUAAAGAAAUCCAGUGAAACUACAGGAAAUGCCUUCAGAUCAGCUAAACAGAAGUUUGAGGUUGAGACCCAAAUUAGAAACUUAGUCGAUGACAUUGCUCAACAAGUAGAGAAAAUGAUUGUGUCGUAUAACAUUGCAAAGAUGGGCUACAACAACACCUACAUUCAAGAAUUUGCAAAUCAUAUCAAAGAAAGAAUAGAAAAUUAUGAGCAAUGUUCCAGGGACUGUGUGUUAACAAAGGAAUUUUACAUAGAUUUGGUUAUUUCCAUCUGUAAGAAAGAAAACCAAGUAAUUACUGAUCAGUACAGAAAGUUCAGGGAAGCCAACGAUCCUGUUUUGUACUUUGAAAAGAAGAGCAAAGAGUACUAUAGUAUUUUCCAGAAAUAUUGUCAAGGUGCAACAUCAGCUGCCAUUUUUGGUGGGAUUAUCUGUCAGAAACUGAAAGAGCCCAUUCAAAUGAGUGUCUACAAAGAUACUGCUAGAAAUUUGACUGAUGAAAUUAAGACAAAUUGUGAAUCGCUAAAUGGAAACAGAUCUAAACUAGAGAAACACAUCCUCAAAACACUGGCAGAACAGGAGGAUUUUGACAAAUACCUUACAUACUUUAAUAGUCCCAGAGAUCACUUAAAGAGUUUCAUCAGAGAUGAAGUCAAUGGGUACAUUACUGAUAACUUCAGUGUCAUUGUUCAGCCCAAGAUGAAGGAGAACAUUGACCUCCUGCAGCAGAAGAUCAUGGCAGCGGCUCACAGAGCAACUACAUGGGUAAAUACUACCAGCGGAGAUGUUCAGAAGUGGUUGGAUCACUUCACACUGCAACUCUCAGAUGUGCUGAUUUUCUCUGUAAAGGACCUCAGUGGAGUGAGUCAUGAUGGUGUUGAUGAUUUCGAUCUCCUAGAAGAUGUGAUACACAAAGAACUUUGUUCAGUGUUAACUGAAAUACAACAUGAAUUCAGCACAAAGACAUUUCCAGUAAAUCUGGAACAUAACGACAGACCAGAUGAGAUUCUGAUUGAUCAUCUCUGUCAGUGUUGUUGGAUUCAGUGUCCAUUCUGUUCAGCCACCUGCACCAACAGUUUAGAAAACCAUACCGGAGACCACACUGUUCCUUUUCAUCGAGUGGAUGGGCUCACCGGGUGCUGUUAUGAGGAAACAGAGUGUCUCAGUGCAGAUUUUUGCACAACAUUAGUGAGAACUGGUAAAAUGUUCUACACAGGUCAGUGGAUUCCAUGCAGAGAAUACAGAAAUGCAGGAAAUGUUUAUGCAGAGUGGAGCAUCACCCCUGACUUCUCUGAGCUGCCGUACUGGAAGUGGUUUGUGUGUAGAUUUCAGAAAGAUCUGGAAGAUUACUUUGAGAAAACAUUCCACAGGUGGGAUGACAUUUCGUAUGGAUGGAGACAAUACACAAAAGAGCAAGCUAUCGAGAGUUUGGAUGAAUACAUCUAAUGACAGACGAAAAUGAGUCACGUGUAGGUCUAAUUCAUAGACCACAGUUGAGUUUCUGAAAUUUUGGAGGAAUAUUUUUUUUAUUAUUAUUCCUAUAACAUUCAAUAAUGAUACAUUCAGGAUAAAUUAGUUCAUAAAGUAAUGUUUCCAUUAAUAACAAAGAUGAAACUGUAAAGAUUAAUGUUUGUUAAUUUUUAAGAGAUUAAAAAUAUUGUAUUUUAUGAAUGAAUAAAAUAUAUGUGGAUGUAAUAUUAUGUUAUAGUAUUCAAAAUACUAUAACAAUAUUCAGAAUAUGGGAAUGUUCAUCACGCUUGCUUUGUGUUUUCUGCUUCCAUUGUGCUGUGGUCCCGCGGAGCAGCAUUCGGUCUGACCUGCAUGGACUGGCAUUCAGUUUACGUGUGAUAACAAGCAGAUAAAUGCUAAUGAUGUUUAUUGUGCAGCAGUCAUAAAUAAAUUGCCUUUGUAAAAUGAAGUGGGACUCAAAAAGAAUAAAGUUCAGACCAGACUCAAGACACAUAAACACAGAGUGUUUAUACAAAGACUAAUAAAGAUGUAAUUUAAAGGGAUAGUUCACCCAAAAAUGAAAAUUAUCCCAUGAUUUACUCACUCUCAAGCCAUCCUAGG